ACGUUUGCUGACCCUAAUUAAUAUUUAUUAAUUUUCGAACAAAUGUUCAAUUAUUUUAAUAAAUUACGUGACGAAAAACUGUUGAUCGUUGAUUAAUGGUUAAUUCUGUAUUUUAAUACCCGUAUAAGCAAUUGUGAAGGAUUAUUCAUAAGUAGCGAAAUGGGCCCCUACCAAGGAUCAGCAAUCAACGAACCAGCCGCAAUAUUCACAGGUCCACUAAACGAAAACGACGUCAUCAUUCCCGAAGCCAUUCCAGAAAAACUCCAGAAACCCGAUGACCGACCAUUAAAAAUCGUUUACCACAACAUUCUCUUCUUCUUUAUUCUUCACUCUUUCGCUUUAUAUGGGGCGUGGCUGGGUCUUACCAGUGCCAAAUGGUCCACGGUCAUAUACACUUUCGUAUUGUACUUGCUGACGAAUUUCGGUAUCACCGCAGGAGCUCAUAGACUAUGGGCACAUCGAGCGUACAAAGCCAAUUUGCCUUUGAGGUUCUUAUUGGUGGUGUGUAAUACUUUGGCAUAUCAGAAUUCUGUGAUAGAAUGGUCAAGGGACCACCGGGUGCACCAUAAGUUCCAAGAAACAGACGCGGACCCCCAUAAUGCUAAACGGGGGUUCUUUUUCUCCCAUAUGGGAUGGCUGUUGUGCAGGAAACAUGAACAAGUCAGAAUUAAGGGUCAGGGGGUCGACAUGUCCGACCUUUAUGCCGAUCCAUUGUUAAGAUUUCAGCAUAAAUUCUAUAUACCCUUAGUGUGGAUGAUUUGCAUCAUAAUUCCCACAUGGAUUCCCAUUCACUUUUGGGGAGAAACUUACCGUAACGCGUUUUUCCUUAACAUGUUCCGGUAUAUUGGGUUUUUGAAUGCCACGUGGCUUGUGAACUCGGCGGCGCAUUUAUAUGGAAACAAACCUUAUGACAAAUACAUAAACCCAGCGGAAAACUGGUUCGUAUCAUUUUUUACCAACGGCGAGGGCUGGCACAACUACCACCACACGUUCCCGUGGGAUUAUAAGGCGUCAGAGUUUUCCCGGUUAAAUUUAACGAUGACCGCGAUCGAGUUUUUCGCGAAAAUCGGUUGGGCUUACGACCUGAAAACGGUCGCGCAAGACGCGAUUAAGACGAGGGUGCUGAGAACCGGAGACGGAACCCACGAAAUUUGGGGAUGGGGCGACAAGGACCAGAGUAAGGAUAAUAGGGAGGCCGCCAUUGUGUAUUAUCCGAAACAGGGUUGAUUUAUGUAGUAUUAUUCUUAUGUAUUUGAUGAAAUAUAAUAUGUGUAUAAGUGCA